GUUAUGGCUGCUUCUACUCUCGUUGAAGCGAGUGAUGUACCCUCCCCGUUUCAAGAGAUGGCCAAAGCUAUUGACUCCUUAGUCGCCCCUCAGACGCAUCCGGACCCAACUAUACUCUGUACGUUGGGUGUGUCUGAGGCCUUAGAGGACCUUCAAGGUGAGUGGUCGGUAAGGGACCCUCGUGAGUCCUGGGUGGCACUGAGUAGAGGUCCUAGAGGGGAACACUUCGUUGUGGAAGUCGAUGUGGGUGGUCGCAAGUGCGGUGCCUUCGUAGACAUUGGCUCCACGCGAAACUUCAUAAGUCGCGACUGCGUUGACAGACUCUACCUAAAGGACCGGGUGCAGCGCCUUAGUAGACCGGUAGCAUCUACUUUGGCCAACAAAGAGCGCAUGAUGGUGGAGGACUACGUUAAAAAUGUAGUCUGCACCUUCUCCUACCCAGGAGGAGAGAUAAACCAUAAGAUAUCAUUCCUGGUGAGCGACGAAUUGCCCUUUGACAUGUUGUUGGGCAUGUACUACCUCGAGGUUGCCAAGCCCCAGUUUGACUGGGACAAGAAGGUGUUGAAGCACGAGUUGCCUAGUGGGAGAACCGUGAGACUGGCCAAGUACAAAGCCAGCAGGCUAUUUGUUGUAACCACUGACGCAAGCCAAUAUGGGAUUGGUGCAGUGUUGGCUCAACAGGAAGGGAAGAAGUUGAGACCGAUUGAGUACAUGAGCAAAAAGAUGUCAUCAAAGAAGUUGGCAAAGUCCACCUACGAGAGGGAACUCUACGCUCCUUACAAGGCACUUGUCCACUGGAGGCACUAUCUGUUAGGAAGGUUCUUCUAUUUGAGAACUGACCAUCAGAACCUCAAGUGGAUCAAGACUCAACCAGUUCUCUUCGAUGCACUCAAACGCUGGAUUGAAGUCAUAGAUCAAUAUGACUUCAAACUAGACUAUUUGAAAGGAGAGUACAACAAGGUUGCAGAUGCGUUGUCUAGGAGGGUAGAUUACCUAGGUGCGCUGAUUUCUGAGUUUGGUUUGUCUGAGGACGUGACUCGAUCAUUGGGGGAAGCCUACAAGGACGAUCCCAUCACGAUGGACAUCAUUAACAAACUUCAGGCCUACGACAAGGCCACCUCUGACGAGUUUGUGAUGGUGGAUGAAUUACUCUUUCAUGUGAAGGCAGGGUUCAAAAGGUUAGUUGUUCCAUCUAAGGAAACUUUGCGUAGUUUAUUUUUAGGUGAGUGCCACCAUGCAACAGCACAUUUCGGCUAUAAGAAGACGAGUGCUAAUCUAGUACAACGAUUCUGGUGGCCUAACAUGCUUGACGAUGUGAAGAAGUGCGUGGAGACCUGUCAGGUCUGCCAGCGGAACAAGCCGCGAACUGAAGCUCCGCUUGGGUUACUCAAGCCUUUACCUAUUCCUGCUGGUCCAGGUCAGAGCAUCACCAUGGACUUCAUGGAUACUCUCGUGACCAGCAAGAAUGGCAAGAGGCACAUCUUUGUCAUAGUAGAUAGGUUCGCUAAGUACGCUAGACUAAUCGCCAUGCCAGAGACUGCCAGGACUGAGCACGUCAUCAAGUUGUUCAUGGACAACUGGGUGCGUGACUUUGGACUCCCAAAGGCGCUCGUUAGUGACAGAGAUGUGAGAUUCACAAGCGAGAUGUGGAAGAAAGCCGCUGAACAGAUGGGCAGCCAGCUUCAGAUGACUUCUGGGAAUCAUCCCAAGGCAAAUGGGCAGGCUGAACAGAUGAACCGAGUGGUGCAGCAUCUGCUGAGGCAUUACAUCAAGCCCAGCCAGGAUGACUGGAAUGAGAAAUUACCUCUCAUCGCCAGCCUGUACAAUAAUGUUGUACACAGCACCACCGACGUCAGUCCUAAUCAACUGCAUCUGGGAUGGAAGCCUAGAUCUGCUCUAGACUUCCUCCUGCCUGAAAACCGAACUGCUACAACUCGUGGAACCAUUGAAUUUGGUGUCCAGUAUGAGAAAUUGUUGCAGCAGACUGUCGAACACAUCAAGAAAUCUCAAGAAGCCAUGAUUGCUUCUGAGAACAAGCAUCGCCGACAGUCCACAUUUCAGGUAGGGGAACGUGUCUGGGUCAAGUCUAGUGAAUUGGGACAGGAGUUUGGCAUCUCUAGGAAACUAAUGCCUCAGUAUUUCGGUGCCUGGGAAGUCCUAGACAUUGUGGGGAAUGAUUUGGAUGGUCCCUCGUACGUCAUUCGUAUCCCUGGUCACUUACGCACUUACCCUGUUUUUCACGCCUUCAAGCUUGCACCUUUCACUGAGACAGCACAGUUCCCAUCACGGAGAUCUAUGCUGCCCCCAACCAUGGAUGGCCACGUGGACGUCGACGACAUCCUGGAUCACAGAGACACGCCUGUUCCUAAGCCACCAGGCAGGGGAAGACCUCCCAAACCUGCCAGGGAAUAUAGAGUUCAUUUUAGGCAUCAUACGGAUCCGAAGGAAGAUCGAUGGAUUUCCAGGGAGGAACUUGUCAAGACAGCUCCUCAGAUUGUGGCAGAUUAUGAGAAGAAACUGAAAGGGAAGGCACCAGCAUGAAGCAUCUCAGCGGACUUUUGAAGCU